AUGGAGAGAGCGUUGCAGUGGAUUGUGGUUGUAGCAAUAUGUGCUUCAUCCACCUUAAUUCGUGCAGCAGGAAUCGAUGAAACUCCUCACAGAAAGCUUUCCAAUGUUGAUUAUUCAGUUGAUGCGAUCAAACGCAUCAAAGACAUCUAUAAGAUCUCCAGAAUGAAGUGGCAAGGAGACCCCUGCGGACCACAAGUAUUUACAUGGGAUGGUCUGACUUGCAAUGCUAGGAAUCCUCCAAGAAUCAUCUCAUUAAACCUGAGUUCAAGUAAAUUAUCGGGCAACAUAGAUGUGUCAUUCUCCAACCUUGCAAAUUUAGAGAUUUUAGAUCUGUCAAACAAUCAAUUGGUGGGAGAGGUGCCAGAAUUCUUAGCCAAGUUAUCGCAGUUGAAGAUACUUAACUUGUCCAGGAAUAGUCUCACAGGUCCCAUUCCUGAUGCCCUCAUAGCAAAGUCAAAGAGUAAUUCUUUACAAUUGAGUUUGGAGGGGAAUACUGAUAUAUGUCAGAUAGGAUCAUGCAAGAAGAAGAAGAAUAUUGUUCGAUUAGUCGCAAGUAAUGUAGCAUCAAUUGUUGUCUCUAUCAUAAUAGUAGGCAUAAUUAUGAUUUGGAGAUCACAUAGAAAAAAUGAAGGAGGGAUAUCUUCAACUUCAAGAAAAGAUAAACUAAAAUUAAAAAAUCAAACAUUUUCUUACUCGGAGAUUCAUAAUAUUACCAACGGUUUCGAAACAAUGAUUGGAAAAGGUGGAUUUGGUGAAGUUUACUUAGGCACUUUGCAAAGUGGUGAACGAGUUGCUGUAAAGAAACUCUCUAUGUCAUCAAAGCAAGGUUACAAGGAGUUUAAGUCAGAGGCAAAGUUUCUAACGCUUGUUCAUCAUAGAAAUGUGGUUUCUCUUGUGGGGUAUUGUGAUGAAGAUGAUGCCAAAGCACUUAUUUACGAAUAUCUAUCAAAAGGAAACCUCCAAGAACAUCUGUCAGAAAAGCUCAAAUGUCUUGGAUGGAAAGAGAGAGUUCAAAUUGCCUUAGAUGCAGCAAGUGGAUUGGAUUAUUUGCAUAAUGGAUGUAAGCCACCUAUAAUUCAUAGAGAUUUGAAAGGUUCCAACAUCCUACUAGAUGAAAAUAUGCAUGCCAAGAUUUCAGAUUUUGGAUUGUCUAGAACUUUUGCGAAUGACAAUGACACUCAUGUCUUAACUAAUUACCCAGGUGGCACACCAGGUUACCUUGAUCCUGAGUUUCACUCCUCGGGUACCCUUAAUAAAAGAAGUGACGUUUACAGUUUUGGAGUAAUUUUGUUAGAGCUAAUUACAGGUCAACCAGCAAUAAGAGGAACUCCUGAUAAACCUAGUCACAUACAUACUUGGGUUAAACAAAAACUUGAAGCUGGAGACAUUCAAGCAAUAGUUGAUCCAAGAUUAGAAGGAAAUUACCAUGUUGCUUCAGCUUGGAAAUUUUUGGAUAUAGCCAUGUCUUGCCUUCCUGAUAUUGCCAUCCAAAGGCCUGACAUAAGCCAUGUAACCUCAGAACUAAAGGAUUGUUUGCAUUUGGAAGCAUCCCUUCAAAGGACUGUGAGCAACAACAGGGAUUCAUUCCUCAUGGAUUCUGUGCUUAUUGAUUUCAAUGAAUCUGAUAUAUCUCCAAAUCCUAGGUAG